AUGGACGAAUACAAAAAGAAAUCAUUUGUAUUUCUAAGAACAACCGGCAGAACUACAGCCACAUCAGCCACGAGCUCUAAAGCUUUAUGGGAAGUUGAGGUAAGCCCAUGAUGCUUGAGAAGAGAGAUUUUUACCACACUAUAGCUAGCCACUGUGGUCUUUUUUACUAUUAAUUUGGAUAAAAUGAGAUUGUAUCGCGCACAAGCGCUGGUUUGUUGCGAAGUCUUAACAAACACAGCAAAAACAGCGGUAAAGUCCCCCCCCCCCCAGAAAAAAGCCAACGUCCACAAGGGGUGGGAGCUAGGUAGGAGAAAUGUGUGAACGCGACAUGGCACAUAUAGUUUGCAACUGAGCUCAACAACCCCUGAGUCCUUCUUCAGAGGCACCUCCCAGGAUCCUAUUGCAUGGUCAGUAAGAAUGAAUAACUGCAUAAUAUACAUAUAAAUGAACACAGUACUACUCGUGCUUGACUUUAUUUUAUUUGCUUAAACAUGCAUUGUAUCAAAAUAUUAUGUAGUUUUAUCGUUAAUAAUUUGUGGCAUAAUAAUGCUGAUUGUGCAGGGUCCAUCUACCCCCUCUCCCGUUAAAGGUCCUUAAAAAUACCUGGAUCCGCUCCUGCAUGGUGUAGCCUGAAUGCAUGACCUCUUAUCCAGCACUAAAUAUCUCCUGCAUUUUUUAAGUACUCUAUUUGAGGUAUUUUGUUUCUGUAGGUAGUUCAACAUGAUCCUUGUGCUGGAGGAGCUGCUCAUUGGAACAGUUUAUUGAGAUUUAAACAUUUAGCUACCGGGUACUAUCUCGCUGCAGAGGUAUAUAUCGGAAAAUGUUUUUUAUUCCAUUUGGCUUUGUUAUAGCCUCAUUUUGCCUGAUAAGACACUGGAGCAUUUAGUGUAUACUACUUGAAAACAGUGUCAAGCUUAAAGCCUAGUCAACUACCUAAGAGGAUUUUCUUGUCAGUAGACUUCAUAUAUAAGAGUUCGCUGUACGGAACACAUCUUCCUUUACGGCUGUGAUGACCUGAUGCAGUUCUUAUAGCUUCACAAACUGGUGUGGUCUACCGGGCACAUGUUAAUCGUGCAUGUUAUUUGUUUUCUUUGUAGACUUACAGUGCAAGUGACAUAUUUAAUUGUGGCAAAUCAAAUAGAUGUAUUUUGUUGUUGUUUUCCAACUGAGAACUUCUUCAAAAUUAGUUUAAUGGCAGCUAUCUCAAUUGUGUUUCUUAUUCUUAUGUGGCAUGUUUAUCCUAGGUGGACGAUGAUAAUACAAGUGAUCCCACAAGAAACAAACUACGCGAUAACUCUCCAGUAUUUCAUUUAAUUCAAGUUCCACAUAGCAACGAUAUUUCGUCAAUAUUUGAACUUGAUCCAACUACUAUGGCUCGACCUGAUAGUUUUGUGCCAAGGUGAGUCUCUGUUUCUUCACUUCUGGAAUAAAUGACAUUAUGCUACUGCUGUAAAUCUAAGCUUUCUUGUUCGUAUAAAAUAACGUUCCGAAAAUGCCACUCGAUGUUUUCAGGUCCUCGUACGUCCGACUCCGUCACUUGUGUACAAAUACUUGGGUUCAUUCAACCACAAUUCCAAUUGAUAAAGAAGAAGAUAAACCUGUCAUGCUUAAGGUAGAAAGUUUUAACAAAUGAUUUACCAAAUAGAAAUGAACAGUUUUAGAAGAAUCGCACUAGUUCAACUAUUAUCCCCAAUUAUCCUAAUCCCCUCUCGUUAUAGUCCGAUGCAAGACAUUUGGGAGAGAGGGAAACUUAGCUUACACUUAUACUCACGUACGCAAAUUUAUACUCUAAAACCACUCCAAACUCGUACCCAGAGCAUGCCUGUUCGCAGGUUAGGGGUGGCUCUAACCUGCGAACGGGCUUGCUCAGAAUACGAUUUGCUCAGAUUGAAACCACUCUGGUUAAAGUUUUCCUGGUUAAUCUAGAUCUAACAUAACCCUAUGCGGGUUAACUUAAUAUUCCUGGUUAAAGUUCCUGCAUGUUAUUUUUACAUUUUUCUUACCAUCGUUUAGUUAAUUUAACCAGGACUUCCUAGUUAAAUUAACAACACUAUGUUAGGUGGACAAAUAACGAGUGGCUCGCAUGGUUAUUUAUCCAUCUAACAUAGUCAGAUUGUUUUAAAAAGGACAUCCUAGUCAAAGAUAACAAGAUUCCUGGUUACAUAAACCAGACUAUGGUAGGUAUAGGAAGUGAGAUAACAUCAAAUUUAAGGAAUUGCAAAUAGUUAGGUUAGACAUGAAAUUUUAACCAGAGAGUUUUUAGAGUGUAUAGUAACGGUGGAUUAUUUAUGUUCCAUUCACGAAAAUGUCGGAAACCGUUUCCUUAGUCUGCCCUUGAUAUUGUUUUUUACUAUGUUUUUUUUAUCAUGGUACUGUAGCUUAUGAGUUAUGAUUAUUGAAGGAUAUGCAUUGUACGAGUAAAAGUAGAUAAACAUAUUUUUUAUCUACUCCUUACCAUACAGCAACCUACAUUUCUGUUUUGUUAGAUUGGUACGGCAAGUAUUCGGGAAGAUAAAGAAGCCUUUGCUAUUGUUCAUGUCUCCCCGUCUGAAGUUCGGGAUUUGGACUUUGCAAAUGAUGCUAGUAAAGUUUUGGGUGAAUUUGCACUUCACAUGGAAAGUGGAACUGUAACGCAAAAUGACAGGAGGUAAUACUUGCUUGCUGUGUUGUCUUAUUUUGUUAUUAGGGAUCCGAGAUAUACAAAUCACUAAAACCUUCUUAUAAGAGCCUACUGCUUUAUGUAAACCUUUGGCAGUUUGCCUGUAUGUCAAAGGCAAAACAGAACUGUGCACAUUGUUUCGCCUCCACCAGGUGUUGUGAUGGUUUCCUGGGACACAGAACAAUAAAGUCAUGCAGCUUUAAAACGCAUACAGAGCUUGUACGUAUGUUCUUAGAUUAUACGGAGAAAAUUAUUGCAGGAUAUAAGAUAACAUAACAGACCUCUCUCAUCUCUUUACUUGAAAAGGAACUUGGACACAAUUUAUUCCAUAUGAGAAUAUAUAAAAUUUUGUAAACCUAUUUUAUGUAGGCCUUCGGUGCAUAUAGUGCUGUCGUCAAAGCAAGCGUCAUUAGUUAAAGAGUCAAUCAACGCUCUACCGAACAUUUUGGGUUUGAACGGGUACUCCGGUUUCCCAUCCAACGGCAUGUUAACAAUGUGCGAUCAAUUUCAAACUAACCCUGCCUUUAUAGGAGCGUUCUUAGUAAGCCUUCGACUCGAUCAAGUUGAACUGCGUCCAGGACCGUACACAGCGGGGGGGGGCAACUGCCCCCUCCCCCAGAGAAAACUAUAUUUACGAUUUUUAGAAUGUCAUUAUUAAUUAUUCUUUGGAUAUUUGGGACUUUUCUCGGCAUAUAGGCCUUACUGCCCCCCUGGUGAAAAAAUCCUGCGUACGGCCCUGGCUGCGUCCUUCGUAAGUCAGCUCAACUCUAAGCUGAUACGUUAUACAUGCAGUAGUGUAUCCUAAUAUUUACACUAUGCUGUUUUGUUAAGUGUUGUAGAAUUUCAAUGUCAAAUAUCUGUUGCAUGACCUGAAUUGUUAGAUAGCAACAUGUAAACUUGCAAACGUUUUAUUGUUUGUUUUAUGUCAGGUUUGUAACCAAGUUAUUGACUGACCUCGCACAUUUCAUCACUGACACGCAAGACUCAGAUGCAGAUCCAUUAUCGAUAUCAUGUCAGAAUCCUGACAGAGAUCGCCAGAAACUGAUGAGAGAACAAAACAUAUUACAAGAGGUACAGGUCCUUUAAAGUGCAAAUCAAAUGAAAAUUUUUAAUAAAAGUAACUUUUCAGUCCGAUAUGACAAGGAAAUUAGAGUUUUGAAUUGUAACUUUCUAUGACACAUUUUCGAAAAUAGUUCAUGAUCUUUCAAGUGUGUAUUCAAGUUUAAUUUAUUGUAAAUAUAACGUUUCAUGAAGUUGAACAGUACAAGUUAAGUUUCUCGAAUCACGCAAAUUAUACAUUUAUUUAGGUUUGUUUGCGAUGUUACUCUGAGUGCAUAUCCACACCGGGCGAGCUUGAAAAAUAUGCCCGGCCACGGAGCGAUUCGAACCUACGACCUUUGGAAUACUAGGGAUACUGGGCUGGUAUUCCAAAGGUCGUAGGUUCGAAUCCCUCCGUGGCCGGGCAUAUUUUUCAAGCUCGCCCGGUGUGGAUAUGCACUCAGAGUAACAUCGCAAACAUAUUAUUCACCUGAGUACACAACACCAACACAGAAAAAAAUUCAUAUUACUAGAACACAUUGGUAUUGAAGGAACUAGAUACUGUUCCGAAAUAUCACUUACUCGAACCGUCCUGACCGCGUAGCUCAGUUGGAAGAGCAUUGGGCUGGUAUUCCAAAGGUCGUAGGUUCGAAUCCCACCGUGGCCGGGCAUAUUUUUCAAGCUCGCCCGGUGUGGAUAUGCACUCAGAGUAACAUCGCAAACAUAUUAUUCACCUGAGUACACAACACCAACACAGAAAAAAUUCAUUUAUUUAGGUUGUUGGAAGAACUAUAAAAAUGUUGUUUAGUUUUUUCAAACUUCUUGGGUCACAAAUAAUAAUUUUUAAACUCUCGUCUCUGGAAAAUAUUGCUUUGAACUACGAACUGUUCCUUUCUAGGUAAAUAUACUGGAAGAAUUCGGAAAUGUCUUGCCUGCGUACUGUGAAUUACAAAUAUAUUCCUAUACAGAGUACAGUUUUUUCGCAAAACACUACGAGACCCUCAAUCCUCACAACUAAACACUGUACAGACAAGGAUUAUCAUACUCUAUAAAAAGGCUUUAUAACAUCCUUGAUUACACUGGGAAAAAAAAGUGAAAUCCAUACUACGAAAUUUGCAAUUGCACCACUAAAUCCAUAGUAUAUCCAUACUAUUUCCAUACUAUAUCCAUACUAUGGAAAUAUACAAUUAUUAUGGAAAAUCAAAAUCCAUUCUAUUUCCAAUGAAUGUCCAUACAAUUUCCAUUCUAUGAUCUUCUAUGGAUUUUCAAAAUUUUUUCCAGUAUUAAUUUGUCGUGUAGUUUCGAUAAAAUCUUGUAGAUAUUUUCUUUCUACUUAUAUAUUUUUCCUUGACAGAUUUUCCAUGUGCUGAAAACGCCAUUCCACAAGAAAGAUGAGGAGGCUAAUCUUAAACCUGAAGAUUUAAGUAAUCCAAGUAACGCUCAAUUACGUCAUAUUCUACGUCUGUGUUAUCGCGUGUUGAAAUAUGCUCAACAAGAUUACAGGAAAAACCAGGUUUGUAUCGAGAUUGUAUUGUUUGCCCGCAUGCAGUCGACCUGUAGGAGUGGAAUUAGUAAUUUCUGUUCUUAGCUUGCUUUUCACUUCAACAAUCUUGUCGUUCUGAAACGUAGCGUAUUUCUCUCCGACCCAAAAGGCGAACACAACUAUAGGUUUCUAUACUGUUGAAGUGGAAAACUGGCUUUCUAUUUCAAGCGUAAGAUACCGUAGCGUUUUCUAUUGUGUAAAUGUCAUUAGUUCACCUUAGGGACCGGUCAUUAUUUAUGGCGGGGGGUGGCACCGAAGAGAAAUGUUUUUCGUAGCAAAAAUUUUGCUGACCCAACCAUUAAAAAGUAAAAAAAAAUUAUUACCUAACCUCAAAUAUCAAUUAAAAAAUAAAUACUCACCCCAAGGUACCAUUCAGUUGUCACAUAUGUCCUUUACCACUUCUGUGACAUAAGUUUGAUAACGGAUUGUGAAAUUUUCUGCAGUCUGAAGUUUCAUGUUGUCUGCACAUGUAGCUACUUUCUUUGGAGAUCCCAUCGGAAAUUGAUCAAGAUAGUUUUCGUUGUUUCUUUACACAUUUAGUAAAUCUUAGUAUAACACCAAGUUCAUCAAUUGCUGCUAUUUUGCUAGCAAAUCCAUGUAUAAUAAACCCGGGUGUUUUGAAUCAAAAGUGAUGCAACCUGGAUAGUGGAAUAAGUUGACUACUGUAGACACAGUUUUUGGCCACUUAAUAGUCAAAGGUCAUGCAUAAAUAAGAACAGUCUUUAAUAUUACCGCCUUAAUACGGAGACUUUAUAUUAAUUGUGCUACUCUAGGAUCUAGAAGACCCAUAGGUCACAUACUCGACUAGCAACAUAAUCAAGUUAGUUAUGUUAAUUCAUUAUAUAUAGGAUCAAUGUUAAAGGCAAGGUGGGCUAUAAGCUAUAAUCAUUUGUAUGGCUUAUAGAAGGCUAAUUGCUGCGAAUAAAUUGAAUAAUGAAUGUAGCACAAUAUUAAAUAGUUGCAUGAUGACGUCAAAGAAACUAGUCAGACUACAUUUGCAAGUUUUGCAACUCUCAUCGCUCAAAUUCCCCAUACCUGAAUACAAAAUAAACAGUAAACAGUAAACAAUGAUUACCUUUUACAUGCCAUAUAUAAAACGGAGUUUUCAUCCUUUCUAGAAACUCGCUUCCUGAACUUUUGAGCGCAAAUGUAAUGUAUUAAAAAUGUAUAUCAUAUUCAUAGCGGUUAAUACCAUUAAUAUAUCGCGGGCGCAAUACAAAACAAAACACGAGAAUUUUAAAAUGUUUUGAUUUGCAAAGAAAUAAAUAAUAUUUGAUGUCAUAAAAAUUUUUAAAUUUAACUCAACACAAACUGGUAAGUUCAUGACAUGUAUAAUUUACUUAUCUGUUGUUAUAUUGCAAUUCUGUACCCUACUCCUUUGGAAAUUGUUUGCAAUUGCACUGCCUCGUACCCAGGCGUCUCUUUGUAAAAAAACAGUGAUGCCCAUAUGACGUGUUUACAUGAAGUAUUGUAGUGGGGAGAGAUGGCGAAGGGGCUGAUGUGAUCAUGUAUUGGGCUAUUCCAAUUAUUAUCUGCACCCCCCCUGUUGAGGAACCUUGGAAUUUCCAGGGGAGGGGUGUAUUAAUCUUGGAAUUUCCAGGGGAGUGGGUGUAUUAAUCUUGGAAUUUCCAGGGGAGAGUUGCAUUACUUUAAAUUUCCAGGGGAGGGAAUACAUUAACCCUGGAAUUUCCAGAGAAGGGGGCAUUCAGGCUCUGGAUUUCCAAGGGGAGGAGUAAUUCUCACAUGGAAUUUCCAAAGGGAGGGGUAAAUUUGAUGGGAUGGAAAUUCCCUGGGAGGACAUAUGUUAGAGGGAAAUUUCCGGGAGUAAAUGUCCCAUGAUGGAAAUUCCAUAGGGAGGGGUAAUUUACACAUGGAAAUUCCAUCGACACGGCCAAAUUUUAAAUGGAAAUUCCAUGGGGAAGGCCUAAUUGAAAAUGGAAAUUCCAUGGGGAAGGGUAAUUUUUACAAGGAAAUUCCAUGGGAAGGGGUAAGUUUUACAUGAAAAUUUGCGGAAAUUCCAGGGGAGUACCGACAUGAGAAAGGUGUUCCUCAACAGGGGGGGUGCAGAUAAUAAUUGGAAUAGCCCAUUAUAGUUGUGUCAUGAAUUUAAUAAUACCCCAAUGGCUUCGAAAUAGACAAUGGAUGAAAAAAGUCAUGAAUAUUGAGCUUAUUUACCCUUUAAACACUUGAUCGUCAUGCGCAUACAGUGUAUUGUUUGUUUCCAGAACCCCCUCAAGCAGACUUCAACUUUUUUGUUAAAUUGUAUAUUUUGCUUCAUACACUGCAUGUGUGUGUGUUUGUGGGAACACUCAUGUUUGGAUGCUUGGCAUAGGUUAAUGGUAAUUUCAUUGGAGUCAUCAGGGAUAUAGUUGUAUAUUCCUGAAAUUACCUCUAAACACCUAAAACAGCAUUCCCUAAAAUUUUAAUUGUUUUCUUAGAUUGCCCUAUAUCGCUCAAACUCGCAUUGCUUAAAUUGCAGAUUUUGCUUAAAUCACCUAAAAUUGCUUAAACUCGCAUUAUCUUGUUAUCGCCCCAGAGUAGGGCCUACUGUUGCCAUUGCUUUUUAGUCCCCAAUACUUCAGUGAGUCAUGCUUUGGAAAUGACAAUAAUUUUUUAUUACCCAACCCUUGAGUUGUUUUGUUUUUCAUUUACCCAACCUUUUACUUACUCAAAAUUUAGUUUACCCAACCCUUUUCUCUUCGGUGCCACCCCCCACCAUAAAUAAUGACCGGUCCCUUAUCUCUCUGGAACGUACAAGCGAAUUGUUGACUGCCCACUAAUACUGUAAUUAUUAUAAGUAAUAGCAUGGCAUUCAGGUCGAUUAGCUAGUGAUUAAAUGUGCCCGAAGGUCGAGAGAGGUUUAGUGCCGAGGGCCUUUUACUAACUGAAACCGCUCGAGGCUUGAGGGAAAUUUCAGCACUAAAUGCCAUUCUAUCACUUUGCAAUAUCAUAGCUAUACCGAGACAAUAAAACGGUUUCUGACAAAUAAAGGGAUGAAGAUAAUUUACUAGUAAAUGCGUGCGUGUGUUGACUAUGAAAAAAGCCGGUCACAAAUUAAUAUCGAAGGUCGACUUUUGCAAGGAGCAAAUUUACAGACAGUGAAAUGAAUUUUACUCACUCGAAUAAAAUGUUGUAAAAUCUUCAAGCCACCGUGUAAUGUUCCGUUUAUUAUAUAGUCCCAAGCAAAAAUUGUGAAAUUUCAUGCUCAAAAGCAAAUUGGAAAGAGUCCCGUGAUCGAUAUCUUCACUAGUAAAGAUAUGGAAAACAUCUGACUUUGUAGUUUUCAGUAUCUCACUCCGACUAUAUAUAUCUUAGUAUGCAUAAAGAUGAGGGACGAUUAGUAACUAAUCUUAGCGACUAAACGCUGUAAAUAAAAUACAAAGUAAAGGUAGGCUUAUAAUCAGAAAAAGAGUUUAAUUACAUCUAACGUCUCUUAUUUAAUUGCAGCAUUUAAACGCUGCAUAUUCCAAUUAAACGGGCAUGUGCGCACAUGAAAGUUUAAUUUAAAUAAUUUAAAUGAUACAUAUCAUUAUAAUGCAAUUUGAAUUACCAAAUUUUGUAUCGGGCGCUUGCUCACUAAUUAAAAGCUUUGUGUAAAUUGCAUCAGUGCAGGAACCACGUACAUGAAUAAUUGAGUGUACAUAAGGUAUGAUUAGACAUGUUUUAAACGUCGCGCUUCUCAUGUGCCGAAUGGAUUAGAAACAAUACAGAUAAUGAGGCAGUUCAGCUGAUUAUCUAUUGUUUAAUCGCGACGCUUGAAACAGGCCGAAGUGAUUUGGCAUAUUGUAAACACUAAACUGGACUAUAGAUUUGGACUGGACUUUGGACUGGACUGUGGACUUAAAAUUUUUUUCUAACAGUAAGAUUUUCGCAUAAAUCCUCAUAAUUCUCGUUAGAAACAACGAAAAGGAGCUCGAUUGGUCCAAUAGAACAACUUACGUCUGCAAAAUAAUGCAUGCCAAUAUCUUUCCCAGAGCAUGCCCGUUUGCAGGUUAGGGUUAAUUGGGUAUAGCUCUGGAGAAAUCGAAUUGAUUCACGUUGCAAUUGCGACGUGAGUUGUACGCAUGCUCAGCAAUUGUUUCAAAAUGUAAACAGAGUUUAAUUACAUCUAACAUCUGAGACAACACUAACUUGGUAUCCUGGUAAACAAAACACAUUAACUUUACAUGGUGAAUCAAGCACUAUUCUAUGAUUAAAUGCAAUGAUUAAAACCUGCCAACUAAUAAUGAACGAUGCCUCGCUGAAGACCAGCAUUGAAGCAGAAGCAGAUCUAGGCACUACUAAAGAAAUAGUUGAAACUAUUGUUAAUAUCACACCCAUGAGUGUUCAACCAGAUUGUUCAACCCUUCGAGACUUAGAAGAUUUUAUUGACCAAGAUUUUAAUUAUUGA